AUGAAAUGUCACGUACCUGGUCCGAAUGUUAAAGUUUUAGCAAGAACUGUUCAUGCUUUAGCAAGAUUUGGUGAUGAUUUGUAUUUGGAAUCCCUCUCAGAUUGUAUACUAUUGAGAACACUCAAUGCCUCCGAAAGUGCCUAUGCAAUGGUUAAAUUAAACAAAAAUUUCUUUUCGCAUUUUAAUCACAAUUAUUAUUGUGUAGAUGUUGAAGGAUUAAAAUGUAAAAUUUCCAUGAAAUCUGCUCUAAAUGCUUUUAAAUCCCCCGCACAUAUGGAUAAACAGGUUGAGAAUCUUGAGAUUAAACUUGAUCCUCACUCUUCAAAAUUAAUAUUUCAACUCAAUUGUAAGCAUGGUAUCGUUAAGACCCAUUACGUGUCAAUAUUGGAUUGCAAAGCCAUGCAAGCUGUUUACACAAAAGAUUUAGUGCCCAACAGAAUUACAUCAUCUCAAAGGCUGCUCUCAGAAGCUUUAGGAAAUUUUCAAUGUUCAGAUGAUCAAGUGACGCUAGAGGUGACAAGUGAAUCACUUAUAAUUAAAAAUUUUGGUGAUACCCCUACAGACAUUUCAAGAAUUAUUAGAAGUCAAGUCACAAUUAAACCAUUUGAGUUCAGCAGUUAUACUAUUGGCACCGACACCAAUAUUACAUUUACUUUGAAAGAAUUCAGAGCAUUGUUGGGCUUUGCUGAAGGCUUAAAUCUACCUGUGCAACUACAUUUUGAGAUUACUGGUAAACCUGCAGUGUUUGUAGUACAUAAUGGUACUACUAUUGAGGCACAUUUUGUGUUAGCUACAUCAAAACCCGAUAUAGGAACUCAAUAUACAUCUCAACACACAACGAAUUCAGAACGAAAAAGAAAAGAAAACUCAAAUGAUAAUAAUAUCUCUGCUAAAAAGGUACAUCUAGAUGAAGAUCUAUCAAAUCAGUUUCAAGAAGAUUCAAAUUUGUUUAAUUAUAUACCAAAUAACAUGUCACAGAAUAAUGUGAGAGAAAAUAUAAAUAAUGUAGAAAAGGCAAAUUCCAUAGAUACAAACUGUGAUAACAUUCCAGCAUCACCGACAUCCAGAAUGAGAAUAGCAUCAGUAUUUAAAAGGUGCUUUGAGAGCACUUUUGAUCCUAGGAUAAUUCAUGGUGUAGUGUUAGCUGAGAACUCUGAUAGCGACUAA